ACAUCAUUAACAAUACAUCGGUAGCGAAGUAUUUUCUUUCUAAGCCAUUAUUUAUACGUUCCGUGUUAUUAGACAAAGAAAAGAAAAAAAAGUUAUAGUUUGUAAUUUCUGUGCAAUUAGUUUGUUAUGUUUUAAAAAUCACUCUCCUUUCUACAUACAUAGUUUGCAGCCGGCCACACAGCUCUUUUUCUUUUUUCUUUCGUUCUUUUUUUCCAUGGGUUUUUUCCCUUUAAAAAGAAACCUUUUAACUUAUAAAGUCUUUUGCCAUGUCAGUAUGCUAGACAUACCAAUUGUACUAAUGGUAGUGAUUAUAGUACAGUAAUUCCAGUACCAGUGAGGCUUCUGAUCUCAUUUAUUCCUUACGAUAUAUUCUGGUGUCUAGGUGGGCAUUUUAGAUCAUUUCCAGUGUCCUCUGGUCCGUUGGCUUAUGCUGCCUGCCAAACGGCUUGUAAUUAUGGUGCUGUAACGUGUUACAGUUUAGCCGGUCUUACCUUCGGGGUAACAACUGCAGCUGCUGCAGCUACGGGCCCUGUUGGAUGGUGGGCAUGGCUGACGUCGACUCCCACGUCAACUAUUGCAGCUGCCGCGGCUUGCAGUGCUGCACAAGGAACAUGCAUGGCUGCUUGUACUCCGCUUUUAGUAGCCCCAACACCGUAA